GUUUCUUGGACAUGGACAUGGAGGGAACGUAAAGCAGGCUGCAUUAAUGUUUCACAUUGGAACUUCUACUGCGUACCAAUUACUUAAAGAUGUUUGCGUCAAUUUGGUUCAUGUUUUAAAUCCACUGUAUGUUCCAAAGCCAACUAGAGCAAAAUGGAUUGAAAUAGCUAAUUUAUAACAAUUGUGGAAUUUUCCCAAUUGUAUUGGAGCUUUAGAUGGCAAGCAUAUCAACAUUGAACAACCUGCAUCAGCUGGUAGUUUUUGGUCGUAUAAGAAGAAACAUACUUUUAUACUAAUGGCUAUUGCUAAUGCAAAAAAACGUUUUGUUUGGUACAGUAUAGGAGACUUUGGUUCUCUAAAUGAUGCCAGUGUAUUCUCUGAUACAGAUUUUGCUUCUCAAUUAGCAAAUGACGAGUUAGAUAUUCCUCCAUCAAGGCCACUACCGAACACAGAUAUAGAAAUGCCUUUCAUGUUUAUAGCCGAUGAAAUUUUUGCAUUGAGCAAACAUCUUAUGAAGUCUUUUAGUAAAUCUGGAGAAUUGACAGUAGAAGAAAAGGUUUUUAAUUACAGAUUGAAAAGAGCCAGAUUAUGUAUAGAAUGUGCUUUUGGAAUUAUAGUAAAAAAGUAUCAAAUUUUGCAACAGAAAUUAAAAUUUGAUUUAACAACUAGUCAUUUUAUAGUCGCUGCAAUCAUAUGUUUGCAUAAUUUCCUGAUUACAAGUGCAGAGAACAAUAUGGAUGACGUAAAUGAAGAAGUUGUAGAAGGUAAUAAUCAGAACGAAGAGGAUCAGAAUCUGCGAUUGACACCUGUACAACAAAGACAGCUAUUAACAGCCUAUUUCUCUUCAGAUGCUGGCUCAGUUGAUUGGCAAUUAGACUAUAUUUAAAGUGGUUUAAAUGUUACUAGAAGCUGGUGGUGAUUUGCUGAACAACGAACAAAAGAACAAAAUUAAAAAAAACUUUCAAAUACU